AUCUGACACAACUUUGUUGUUUGUUGGUUAUGUGUACUGGUUGAAGCUCGAAUCUGCCAGCGAAUAGUCUGCCACGUAUUUUUCGCUCUAAAGUCCUGAAAUCCUCGCAGGACUUCACAAAAUGGGCAACGCUAGCAGCGUAGACAUACCCGGCGGAGGCACAGAAGGCUACCAUGUCCUCAAGGUGCAAGAUAAUUCACCCGGAAGUUCCGCCGGGCUGGUAUCGUUUUUCGACUUUAUUAUUGCCAUAAAUGGUACAAGAUUAGACCAAGAUAAUGACACAUUUAAACAAAUCCUUCGAAAUGGCAUAGGUAAACAAUUACCUUUGACUGUCUAUAGCAGUAAAUCCCAGUCAGUAAGAAGUAUUUUAAUUGAACCAAGUGAUUCCUGGGGAGGUGCUGGCCUACUAGGUGUCUCAAUCAGAUUCUGUUCAUUUGAAGGAGCUAAUGAGAACGUCUGGCACAUUUUAGAAGUGCAUCCAAGCUCCCCAGCUGAAUUAGCAGGCCUGCAGUCAUUCAGUGACUAUAUUAUUGGAGCAGAAUCAGUUCUGCAUGAAAACGAAGACUUGUUUGCUUUAAUUGAAGCGCAUGAAGGGCGCUGUUUGAAGCUUUAUGUAUACAACAGUAAUGACGACUCAUGCAGAGAGGUGACAAUCACGCCGAAUUCAUCCUGGGGCGGUGAAGGAAGCAUUGGUUGCGGAAUUGGCUAUGGAUAUUUACAUAGAAUCCCAGUGAGAUUCGAUGACACUCCUGCGCCAGCUGCAAAGUACCCCGAUGUACCUGCAGAGCCAGCGAGUAAUGUAAUCAACGCUCCGUUGUUACCGCCGCAGACGCAAACAAUAACACCUACUUUUAAACAACCGAUUAGUUCAGCACCAGCACAGGUUGAUAACAUCGCUGAAUUAACCACACAAAUGAGUGAUAACCUCAAUUUGAAUGGUAAUAACACCACAACUACACCGGAUGUGGGUGUACCUUUGAUUGAUGUAGGCGUGACUUCAAUCGCCCCGCCUACUUCGGUUGUGAACAACAAUAUGGAGGCGUUUACGUACGCGCCGAGUAUACCCAACAUUGCGCCAUUUUACAGUACGGUGAGUACUGUGCCAGCGAUGCCCGUGGUGGAGAAUAGUCACUAUCCGUCUGCAACGCCUACUAAUUACAACGCGCCGCCUGUUUUACCCCCACCUACUGCUGUGCAACAACAACAGCUACAACAACAACAUGCAUAUAAUUAUCCACCGCCUAGUUCGUUGCCUUACAGCAUGCCGACGAUGCCGUUGCAGAAUCAGUAUGCGAAUGCCACGCCGAUUGCGCCCAUGUACACCGCGCCGACGUAUCCGCAGAACACCGCUGUCUACCCGCCCACGACAGGCGCGUAUCAUCCGCAGACGUUUGUGUAUGAUCCGGACAUUGCCGCCAAGUCGGCGCAGCAAUUACUCGCUGGCAACACGGAAUUUAGAACGAAUUGAAACUGAUUGUAAUCAUAAAUUUAUUAAAUAUUAUAUUAAUAAUUGCAAUGAAUUAAAGAAUAAUAUAGUAAGCAUUGAAAUUGGAAAUUUAUAUUGAAAAAGACGAUGAAAAUUAUGAUUUUGUGUAUUAUAUGCUCUUAAUAACUGUAUUAUAUGUUGGUUUUGAUUGAAAUUUUAAACAAACAA